AUGUUCACCGUUCUUGGUGCACCGAUGUUCCGCGUUCCUGCUACUGUCGUUUUCGUUGCAGCACUGUGGGCGAGCUAUGCGUCUGCUACUGCACUCCAUGGCCACCGUUCGGUGAAGGAUACCGUACCUUUUGACGGGCAGUACCUUGCGGCCAACUCCAGCAACACGCAAACGGAGUGGUGGUACAUCCAGGGAGUCUCUGAGCCUGUCGGUGACGAAUUACCUUCCAGCGUGACAGUGACCUUCUACCAAGGCAACGUCUUAUACACCAGUCCUGCAGGUUCCACGGAGCCUGAAUUCACUAUCAGUAUCGACGGAUUCUUGUCGAAUGGAACGGCUUAUAAUGUCAAUAUUCCAACGACUACCGGCACCAUCACUACUGAAGGCCAAGCCGUUGACGGUACAUGGGGGUUGAACUCACCAGAGUAUGGGAUCUCUGGAUCCAUCGUCUUGACCUCCAGCGCGUCGCCCCAUUAUGCUUGCAAUGUCACCGAUGACCCCUACUUCGACACCGCCGUGCCCACAGGAGUGUCGCUCAGUCCCACCGAAAAGAUGAUGUUUACCGAGUUCGGCUGGACCGUGACGAUCCCCGGCGGACGCGCCGUUGUGGACCUUCUCAUCGACGGCACGCCGCUGCAGUUCACCGGGAACGGGUACCACGACCACAACUUCUCCCCCGCGCCCGUCUUUGGCUAUGCCUCGCAGUGGUACUGGGUCCAGGCACAGCUCGGGCCGUACCUCGUCGCCGGUGUGGUCAUGCAGGCGAUCAACUCGACGAACCUCGCCAAUACGGGCUACCUCAGCGAGUCCGGCGUGGUCUUGCAGAACCAGUGCAGCUUCCAGGGCUCGCGGACGGUGGACUUCAACACCGUUACGCCUUACGGCGCUAGUCUCGACAAUGUCACUGGCGCCGUCGUCCCGCAGGGCUUCCUGUUGGGCUUCACGCUGGAGGAUGGGGAGCAGUACAGUUUCAACCUGACUACCGUUGGAACAUUCCCAGACACGGCCAUCUAUUACAGGUGGAUCGGGACUGCUACUGGUGGGAAGGUUGGCGGAGUGGAGUACACGGGGACGACCAUACACGAAUGGUUGGACCCCAGUUUGUCGUUGUAUACUCCAUCUCAGUAA